ACCCCCAAGUAAUCGGAGACUUAUUCGGCCAAUAUCUAGUGAUAGUGGAGCUUGAAGACGAAGUCAGUGUUUUGCAGAUCGAAUACUUCCGGUGAGCUGUCGUGCUUGUGUAUAGGAAUUGGUUUUCGCGAUUGCAAGAGCUAUGCGUGCGUUUAAACGUGAUCGAGAUCAGGGAAAGAGAAAGAGGGACAAACCCCGGCUCGCGGCGAAUGAUUGCGGGCUGUACAUUGAUUUCGGGGACAAACGGUCCCGAUGUUAGUGAAGACGGGGAAUUUUUUACUGUGCGCCCGUGAUCCAUUAUAGUAACAAGUGAGCGCGUCGACGUAUACGAGUGGCUUGUGGCAUUGUGGGAUUAACUAGUCGUGUGUACCGAUUUCGGUCCCGAGUGAACGAUCGUUCGAGUGACAUACUGUCGAAAUUUCACGGUGAAGAUCGGAGUUGAUAAACCGUCCGUCGAGAACGUGAUCCAAAAGGAGGUGCCGACGAUCGUGUGAAAACUACGUUGGCGAUCGGCAGUCGCGAACUAGACGAGAACGAGAGAAAGAGAGAGAGAGAGAGAGAAGUAGAGUCAUAAUGCGCCGUUGUUACGGCUAGCGCCGGCCUCAUCAUUCCGCGAAGCGCGAGCUUCAAGUAUUUCGACGGCGUCGGGCUCGCCGAGAUGAGCGGUGGCAACGGCGGCGGCGGAAACGGUGGCGGUAAUGGUAAUGGCAACGCCACGACUUAUCACCAGCACCAACAGCAGCAGCAGCAGCAGCAGCAACAACAACAACAGCAACAGCAGCAACAACAAUCGCUGGAGCAGGCCGGCCUGCUGUCAGAUCUCAAUGGCAUCGACCUGGCGAUGAGCCUGUCGCCCAAGCAGCACUCGUCCCACGUCCAAGCUGCUGCCCCCGGACCAGUUUCCGUUGCCAACGGGGCCGCCCCCGGUGGCGGUGGCGCCGGCAGUGCCGGCGGUGCCGGCGGAGGCAUGAGUGCCAUGGGUAAUCCUUACGCAACUAUGCAGCUCACGUCGCAAUAUCAAUAUUGCGCCGCAGAAUUAUCGCCGUAUCAUCACGCCGGGCCCGGCGUGGGCGCCACGGCCACAGCCACGGACCCCAUGAGGUCCCACGCGGUCUCCUCGCAUCAUCACCCGUGGUACGCACCGGCGCCACCGGCCACCAAUGACCCGCGCUUUGCCAUCUCGCGACUGAUGGGCGCCGCGGCGGCGGGCGCCGGGACCAACAUGGCCGGCUGCUCGGUGGGCCAGUCGAUGGGCGACGUGACCAAGUCGUCAGGAAUGGGGGUGGGCGUCGGCGUUGGAGUCGGCGUCGGCAUGGGCGUCGGCGCGAUGCAAUUCCCUCUCGCGCAGAGACGGAAGAGACGCGUACUCUUCACCCAGGCCCAGGUCUACGAGCUCGAAAGGCGAUUCAAGCAGCAAAAGUACCUCAGCGCGCCCGAACGGGAGCAUCUGGCGUCCUUAAUUCAUCUAACUCCCACGCAGGUGAAGAUAUGGUUCCAAAAUCAUCGGUAUAAAUGUAAGAGGCAAGCGAAAGAAAAAGCCAUGGCUGAGCAAAACGCCCAAAAUCAGGUAAUUACGCAAAUUUCGAAGUCUUGUGCAAACCGCUUCGAAAGUGAAACGUACGUUGAAUAUAAUAUUACGAAUUUCGCGAAGACGCACCAUGUCGAUGACUUCUAUUAUGUCUAA